AUGACAUUUUCGGGCAUUUGCUCGGGGUAUCCGCGUUUCUGCGUGAUUCAAAUAUAUAUAUAUAUAUAUAUAUAUGCCUGUAUGUGUUUUACUUUUCUCUUUGUUUUUUUUUUUCUUUUUUUUGCUCCGGGUAGUUAUUUGGGGGAACAGAUCUCCACAUCCCGGCCUUGCCAGAUGCCCCUUUUGGGGGGGAACCAUUUUUUUUUUCACAUGCCCAUCACAUGUGGUUACCGAAGCGCUUUUCAACGGAUGACUCUCCGUUCCAACCUUGAAAUGGCAAUGGUGCUUUCAACUAUAGAGACGGGGGCGCGGUACUUUGCACGUGUUUCACCUGUUCAAGGAAAAAUUGAUCCCCCCAAAGGCGGAUUUGUGACGGACGACGUGAAAAUUGACAUGAACGCCAACAUCGGUGGUGCGUACGCGCGAGGUGUGUUUGCGUGUCGUGAGAUUGGUUACGGGCGUGAAAUUAUGAAUCUCCCUGCUUACGCCAUGUAUAUUGGGGACAGUGAGGAGCAAACGCUACGGGAACAGGUUUUGAUCCUUACAAAGGAGGUGUUCACAAAACUUGUGCUUGGCUCCCCUGAGGAGAAGCUGUACAUCAAACACCGCGUCAUGACACUCAUGUCUGGCGGUUUUUCAUACUUUACCCGAGAGAGGGAUGUCUUUGAGUUUGUGGAGGAUGUGCGUGCCCCGGGCGCGGAAGGCGUUCUUAAGAAUGGGGCGAAUUAUCUUCUUAGCGGCGAGUUUUCCUCCUACGACUUGCAAAAGCUUCCACUCAUCAUUGAGUUCAAUCGAUACGACGUUGAAUAUAACGGGCGCCGUGGCAUUUGCCUGUUUCCUGAGGCACAGUACUUUAACCACCAGUGCGAGCCCAACGUGGAGGUGACAAUUACUUACAAUAGUCUGAAGGGAAGAUUUUUUCUGAGCGCGCGAACAGUACGCCCGGUGCGUGAGGGAGAGGAGUUGUUCAUCAACUACAUGCCUGGAAAUACCCUCCCACUGUCACGAUUGGCGUUGGCAAUGAAAAAGCGGUGGGGCUUUGAGUGCACAUGUGUCCGGUGCAAGAGUCGCGGCAUUGGCGCCGUAACCAUGUUGUUUGUUGUUGUGUUGCUCCCCAUGACGGCCUAUCUUCGCUCAGUCAACGUUCGCCGCACACAAGAGAAGCAGCGUGGUGUGUGA